AUGGACAAAUUUGAAAUGGAUGACGUCCCUUCAUCCUCAUCCUCAUCCUCUUCUUCAACCACUUCAUCUUCAUAUCCCGCUAAAAAUAAUAUUAGAAAUACUUUCAUAACAACAAUUAAAAGCCCUUUUACAAGAUUUUUAAACUUCAUAUCCAUCCUUCAUUACUAUUUUAAGAGACAAUUGAUCAAUUUAAUCUUCCUAUUUAAAAGAUUGGAUUUAAGGAAAAAAAUAUUCUCUAUAACUUUAUUUUUCAUCUUUUUAACAAUUUCAUUAUUCUCAAUCCAUCCAAAUAGAGAUAAUAUCAUCGAAGAUGCAAAAUUUAAUUAUUAUUCAAUCCUAAACAAUUUGAACAAAUUGGAAUUCAAAAAGGAUUACCCAAAUGUAGAUUUAACUAAUGUAAUGAAAUUCAAAAAAUUUACAACUUUACCAAUUUCAAAUGAUAUAACUGAUAAAAAAUUAUACGCCAAGUACAACGUCACAGGUUAUGUUUCAAAUUUAGAUUUUAAUAGCGUCUACAACGAAUAUUUAAAAGAUAAUAAAAAUAAUGGUAUUAAAAAAAAUCCAAACGUAGAAAAGGGUGAUUUCAUAUCAGAAUAUGAUUAUCAUGUAGGUUAUGAAAAUUUAGUAAACUGUGACAGUUUGAAAUAUACUAAUCAUUUCGAAAUUAAUAAUAAUUCAAAAAUUUUACAAGAUGAUCUAUUGAAUCUACGUAGAAAUCUACUAAAAAAAUCAAUACCUUACUCAAAGGCAAUCAAAAGUAAAGAUGAAGACAGAUGGUCCGAAGAAGACAUUAUUAAUAAAAGAUGGUUUAGAUUCGGUGGCUCUGCAGUUUGGUUAGAAGAUCAACAAUGUUACGUCGUUUAUACAAGAAUUAUUUAUUCCCAACGUGGUGAAAGAUCUUACCCAAAAGUAUCAAUGCUAAGAGGUCAAGCUUUCGAUAAGGACUGGAAUGAAAUCAUAGGUAAAAAAAUCCCUUACAAUGACGUAUUGAUACCAAACGAUAUGAAUCAACAAAUCAACAAUUUGAGGAAAGAAUUCGGUGAAAUCGAUUGUAAUUCAAUUAAAAAUAAAAUAGCCUACGAUAAAUGUCAGGCAGAAAACACAAAUAAUGAAAUUAAAAUUCAAGAAAGAAUUAAUGCCGUCUUGGAAAAAUAUUAUAUCACUUAUCCAACCAUUUUCAAUAUUCCUGCUGAUUUAAAUGGUGAUGUCAAAGGUCAAGAAGAUCCAAGAGUCAUCUUAAAACAAAAUUCUAUAAAUAUUAAUUUAAAGCAAACUGAUGAACCUUUAGUUUUCUUUAACCAACUAGAUGAUGUAGAAGGGAAAAGAAGAAUGUUCGCUUUUUGGCCCCACAGAAAGUAUGACACCCUUCUAAAAUUUAAAGCUAAAAACUUUUCUUUAAAGAAGACCGAAAAAAAUUGGACCCCAUUCUUCUCAAAUAACGAUUUAACCGCAGAUAUUAAAAUAUCAAGAGGUUUCAUUCAUUUCAUUUAUAAUUUCUUACCAAUCGAAAUUAUCAAGUGUAAUCUAGAUGAUGGUCUUUGUGAGUUGGUCUUUAAAGCCUCUACAUUAGACUUACCAAAGGAUGCAAAAUAUGAUGGUAUGAGAGGUGGAACACAAUUCGUUAAAUUACCAAGUGAAUUGCCAGCACUUAAGAAUAAACAGAUUUGGGUGGGUUUCCCAAAAUUACAUGCCAAAAAUUGUGGUUGCGGCACUCACUUUUAUAGGCCUAUGCUAAGUGUUUUAGUCGAAAGUGAAGGUGUUUAUCACCAGGAAUUGAUUGUACCAGUAUUAGAUUUCGAUUUCGAAGUAAUAUCAUGGGAUCUAAAGGGUAAAUACUGUCAAAAUAACAAUAUCAUGAGUCCAAAUUCAAUUGCAUUUUGGGACAUAUUAGGUCAAGAUCCGAAAACAAAGGAAUUCGAAGAUUACAUGACUAUUACCGUAAGUGAAGCUGAUAGACUAACAAGAACUAUAACACUAAAGGGCCUAUUGAACUUCAUAUUGGGUAUUUAUUCGCAAAAAUCAAUCAACGAAGACUUCACUGUCAACGAUCAAUCAAAGUUCAUUGUUUCAAAGACUCUAAAAUGUGUUGUCAACCAUGCUAAAGAUCAAUGUAAAGCAUAUGGUAAAACUCAUCCUGAGCCAAAACAAAAAUAA